CAUCCCUUCCUUUCCUCCUGAGCAGCAGUACAACCAGGAAAUCACGGAUUUGAAGCAGCCAGUGCUGGUAAGCCAGCCCAAGCGGAGGAGAGGCCCCGGAGGUACACUGCCUGGCCCAGCCAUGCUCAUCCCGGAGCUCUGCUACCUCACAGGUCUGACUGAUAAAAUGCGCAAUGAUUUCAAUGUGAUGAAGGACCUGGCCGUGCACACACGGCUGACCCCUGAGCAGCGGCAGCGGGAGGUGGGCCGCCUCAUCGACUACAUCCACAAGGAUGACGAUGUGCAGAGGGAGCUUCGAGACUGGGGCCUGAGCUUUGACUCAAACUUGCUGUCCUUCUCAGGAAGAAUCUUACAAUCUGAGAAGAUCCACCAGGGUGGGAAGACGUUUGAUUACAACCCGCAGUUUGCAGACUGGUCCAAAGAAACAAGAGGCGCACCGCUGAUCAGUGUGAAGCCGCUGGAUAACUGGCUGCUGAUCUAUACCCGCAGGAAUUAUGAAGCGGCCAACUCCCUGAUACAGAACCUUUUCAGAGUGACUCCGGCCAUGGGCAUCAGGAUGCAAAGGGCAAUCAUGAUUGAGGUGGACGACAGAACAGAAGCUUACCUGAGAGUCUUGCAGCAGAAGGUGACACCAAACACUCAAAUGGUUGUCUGUCUGUUGUCAAGUAAUCGGAAGGACAAAUAUGAUGCCAUCAAAAAGUACCUGUGCACAGACUGCCCCACUCCAAGUCAAUGUGUGGUAGCCCGGACGCUGGGCAAGCAGCAAACAGUUAUGGCCAUUGCCACCAAGAUUGCCCUGCAGAUGAACUGCAAGAUGGGUGGGGAACUCUGGCGGGUGGACAUGCCUCUGAAGCUGGCGAUGAUUGUGGGCAUCGACUGUUACCAUGACACCACAGCUGGGCGGAGGUCCAUCGCAGGAUUCGUUGCCAGCAUCAAUGAAGGGAUGACCCGCUGGUUUUCCUGCUGCAUCUUUCAGGACUGUGGACAGGAACUGGUAGAUGGCCUCAGGGUCUGCUUGCAAGCUGCUCUGAGGGCUUGGCGUAGCUGCAAUGAAUGUAUGCCCAACCAUAUCAUUGUGUACCGAGACGGUGUAGGGGAUGGACAGCUGAAGACCCUGUUCGAACAUGAGGUCUCACAGUUCCUGGGGCAUUUCAAGUCAGACAAGAUAGGUUUUAACCCAAGACUGACUGUGAUUGUGGUGAAGAAGCGUGUCAAUGCCAGGUUUUUUGCUCAGUCUGGGGGAAGACUCCAGAACCCUCUUCCGGGGACAGUCAUCGAUGUGGAGGUCACUAGGCCAGAGUGGUAUGACUUUUUCAUCGUGAGCCAGGCAGUAAGGAGUGGGAGUGUGUCCCCAACACACUACAAUGUCCUCCAUGACACCAGUGGCCUGAAGCCUGACCACAUCCAGCAACUGACUUACAAGCUCUGCCAUGUGUACUACAAUUGGCCUGGAGUCAUCCGAGUCCCUGCACCCUGCCAGUAUGCACAUAAGCUGGCCUUCCUUGUGGGCCAGAGCAUCCACAGAGAACCGAACCUCUCCCUGUCCAACCGCCUCUACUACCUCUAA